AUGGCCAGAGCCACGCCCUUCUCCGGCCCUAAUGAGCCCCUACAUAUAUUCCAAGACAACGUUUUCGAUCGAAGCGUUCCCAUGACGAGCCACGCCCCCAUGCCUUCGGUCACAAAGCCUGCUCGUCGCCCCUUGGGAAGCUCCAACUCCAACGUCAUUCUCAACCCCCCGACGGCCCAUAGCACGAGCCUAUCGCCACACAAGAUGAGGUCAUCGUCACCACGAUCGCCAUUGAAAACAUCCUCGCAGACCAACAAAUUGCACAUGGUGUCGAUGGCGCCACCAAUGGGCAGGGCGCCUACCACAGAUUCAUUGCAGAAGAAGCCUCAGCUGUCCAAAUUCAAGACGGGUCCCCAGCGACCACAAGUUGACAUGCUUAACUUUGGAAAGGAGAACAUCCACCCGCAGAUUUUUCCUGCCCCGCCGACAAUCAACCUGUCCGUCGAAAGCUAUUUCCAGAAGCCCAACGGCAAACGAGGAUUGAUGGAUGCUCCUCAAAUCAAUGACUCGAGACCGGUCAAGAAGACCAAGUCGGACAUUCCUGCCCAUGAUUCAUUCCCUCCCAUUACCGACGACGGAACAAAGCCGCAGCACAGCUAUGCUCAGCUCAUCGGAAUGGCUAUUCUUCGGUCGCCUAUGCGGCGCCUCACUUUGGCCCAGAUUUACAAAUGGAUCAGUGAUAACUAUUCCUUCUACAAUCCCAACGAUGCUGGAUGGCAGAAUAGUAUUCGACACAACUUGAGCCUGCACAAGAACUUCAUCAAGAUUGAGCGACCCAAGGACGAUCCUGGCAAGGGUAACUACUGGGGCAUAGAGCCUGGCACUGAAUUCCAAUUCCUUAAAGAGAAGCCCACGCGAAAAUCGGCACCUACAGCAGAGAACAUACCAGUCAUGUCUACACGUCUCGAACCAUCCGGAUCAGCCGCGACCCCCUUCCAAGAACCGACGCUUCCCCCGCCAGUCCCAAUGCAUCACACGACGCUCCCAUCCCUGCCAACCUCGCAGGCUACGCAGCCCACGCAGGCGGAGCUCUCGUCCGAUGCCACGAUCCCAAUCUCAGACAACGCCGGCCCAGAAGAUGUAGCAGACAAGAUUGCGGACAAUGAUUUGCCCAUCGAGUCAUCCCUCUAUUCGCCAUUGCCUGCCAACAUGCAUUCUUCUCCUCCCGUCUCGAGACACGCCGAGGCGCGGAGUGGCACUCCACCUCCCAUGUCUCGAAACCCAGCUUCCUCGAUAUCUCGAUCUCAUAAACGGAAGUUUGCAUCAAUGGAUGACAGUGGUUACAUCUCGUCAUUGGAAUCCUCUGCAAUGCGACCAAACCAAAAAGCUCUGCUCCUUACUUCAGAGGCUGAUCGGCCUCGCCUUACCCGUGGUCGUGCUGAGGAGGAAAUCGCUCGCAUUCGAAACUCGAGUCCCCUGAGCCCGACCAAGUCUCGGUCUCUGACCCUUUAUGGUCCCGUGUCAUCCUCACCCUUGCGGCAGUCAAAUGACCAGCAUCAGACACUUCCACCGUUGACGCCCGUCGUGACAAUGAAGCCUCCCGUCCGACCACCCCCUUCAGCCUCGCCAAAUACAAAUUUGCGCAUUCACCGUGAUAAGGUCCGACAUAUGCUGCAAUCGCCACUGCGACGUGUAACUGGAAUUGGAGAGGACAGCAUUCCGUGGAGUCCUGCAUUCAACCUGGACGAUUCUGUGUAUGCCUUUGAUGACAUGGGAAUGACAUCGACUGAGUUCGACAUUUUCCACGACUUCACCUCUAUGGAUGAUCAUCUCUUUCCCAGCAUCGGCUCAGUAGAUGCUGGUUCCCCAGUCAAGCGUUCAGCGAAGCGGGCUCGGUUGGACAGGUCUGUAUCGACGUCAGCACUAGGUGAAAUUGCAAACUCGGUUACGAGUAGUUCGGUCACCUCUGUCCCGUUUCUCAAGGUCUCUGAGCACUCACCGUCACGUUUCCUGGAGACACCUAGCAAAGUAUUCGAGGGCAUGGGCUCACCGUCCAAACUAUUCCAGCAAUCACCAUCACGGCAGGGUUCCCCAAGCAAAUUCUCUGCAUUGUUAGGGCUUGCAGUCGACAAUGACUGGCCAACGCUGGGCAUUGAUACCAGUGACAUUGGCGCUCACAGUAGCAGUGGAAACACAGACUUCACCGGCCUAGAUAUCUUGCAGGGAUUUGAGAAAAUUGGAUCUGGAUCACAGUCUUCACGGCCACAACAAAAGGGCAGUAAGCCAUCGCUCAGUCGGAGCCACACUACUGCUUUCUAA